AUGUCACCCUACGACUUCCACAUCUCGACUCCACGUCUCUACCUCUCUUAUCUCGAUCCCUCCUCUGACGAACAGUGCGACUUUACCCUUGCACUCUAUCACGGCGCUCCAUCUGUUCGACGGUACCCUGGCGUGAUCAAAGACGUACCAGAUCUGGAAGCAGUACGAAAGAUCGCCGCUUCUGGAGAUGAGAAGCUUCGUGCGAGUGGAUAUGGGCGGUACAUCAUCAGCUUGAAACCAGAAUCGCCUGCAGGUGACGAGGAGACCGGAGUUCCAUUUUCACAGAGGAAAUUAGAGCGCAUUGGGAUUGUGAGCAUGCAACUAGGACGUGUUGCAGACGAGCAAGCACCCACCAUGCCGGAUGUCGGCUUCAACAUGAUGGAGCGGUAUCAUGGGAAGGGAUAUGCGACGGAAGCUGCCCAGGGCUUGAUCAAGUACUUUCGCGAGGAGAAAGGUGCGAAGGAGAUUGCGGGCUUGACCGACGAUACGAAUGAAGAGGCGAAGAGGCUCUUCCGCAGACUUGGAUUCCAAAACCAUGGGGUCAGGAAGGUACGUGGUAUUCGGUGGGGUGGUGAAGUAAUCGACGUGGAUCUCUGGACCUUGGGACUAGAGGAUGGGAAGAAACUGGAAGACUUCGGGUUUUGA